AUGUAUCAGAAUAUCAACAAUAUUACUUUAUUUAGAGUAUGCAAGGUGAGGAUUAAGAAAUACUCAACAAAUAAAGUUUAAACAAGUAAAUAUACAUGGUAUAAUUUUUUUCCAAAAAACAUUUUAGAACAAUUUACAAAACAAGCAAACGUGUAUUUUUUAGUACAAUUUAUUCAUAUUUAAAGAUUUUAGCAAUUUUAUAAGGUAUACCAAUAAUAUCAAUAUCUGAUGGCUAACCUACAAUAUUGUUACCAUUAAUUUUCAUUUUAAUCGUUACAAUGAUUAAAGAUUUAUACGAAGACACGAAAAGAAAAAAAAGUGAUAAACAAGAAAACGAGAAUAUAUGUCUUUUAGAGUCAGGUCAAAAUAUUAAAUGGCAAGAUAUUUAAACAGGCGAAGUGCUUAAAGUAAAUAAUAACUAUAAAAAGAUAAGAGAAGAUGAGUAGUUUCCUUGUGAUAUUUUACUUCUAAAAAGUGUUUAAAAAACAGGGGAAUGUUAUAUUGAAACAAAAAAUUUAGAUGGAGAAACUAAUUUAAAGUUAAAAAAAGUUCCUCAAUAAUUACUCUAAUAAAGAGCUGAAAUAUUAGAUAAACUAAUAGUAGAAUAUGAUGUUCCUAAUAAUUAAUUAUAUAAAUUUUCAGGGACUUGUUAUCUUACAGAUGAAAAAAAUAGAGAAAAUGAAAUUUUUUCUUUUUUUAAUUAAAAGGAGUGUGUAUACGAUAAAAUUACAUUACUACAAUCAUCAAAAAAUAAAGAAUAAUAAAUAAAUCUAUUAAUAUCUUAAGGUAAAACUUUAGAUGAAGAAAUAACUAAAAUAUAAACUACAAAAGUUGCUUUAGAUAAUACAAAUAUAGUUUUGAGAGGAAGUGUUUUAAAAAAUACGAAUCAUAUUUUCGGUUUAGCAAUAUAUACUGGGCAUGAUACUAAAAUAAUGAAAAAUUCGAUUAAAGUAAAAUACAAACAAAGUUCGAUAGAAAAAUAACUUGGAAAAAGAAUCAUAUUUAUCUUUCUUCUUUAAAUAGGAAUUUGUUUAUUCUCUUCUUUAUAUUAUUCAAUAUGGUAUAAAGUUAAUUUUGAAUAAUUAAAUUAUUUAGAUAUAAAUAGGAAUGAUCAUAUUGAUCAUGCAUUUAUUUAUAAUUUAUUUGUUAGAUUCGGAAAUUGGAUUCUAAUGUUUGGGUAUUUUAUGUGUUUAUUUUAGAAACUUAGUUCCAAUAUCUCUUUUAGUAACUUUAGAAACAGUCAAAUUUUGUUAAGCAUUUUUGAUAUAGUCAGAUGAAAAUAUGAUUUUAAACAAUAAAAAAUGUUCAGUUUAAUCUUCAAAUUUAAAUGAAGAAUUGGGAUAAAUUAAAUAUAUUUUAAGUGAUAAGACUGGUACUUUGACAAAAAAUUAAAUGAUAUUUAAAAAAAUAUUUAUUGAUGGUGUUUCUUAUGGCGAUUAUCAUUCGAACAAUUAGCCAAUAGAUUUUGUAGAAUUUGAUGAUCAUAAUUUUGCAGAUAAAUUAUUAUAAAAUGAUCCUAAAGUAGAGAAAACAUUGUUGUUAUUAACUUUAUGUCAUUCUGCAAUAACUUAGUAAAUACGAGAUAAAAUUUAUUAUAAUGUGACAUCUCCAGAUGAAUUGGCUUUAUUAAACUUUGCUAAAUAAUACAAUAUAGUUUAUAAUGGAAUAGAUGAGAAUAAUAUAAUAACAAUAAAUUUUAGAGGAAAAUUGAUAUACUAUUAAUUCUUAUAUUAAUUCGAAUUUAAUAGUUUAAGAAAAUGUAGUUCAGUUUUAGUAUGUGAAAAAGAAACAAAUAAGAUUUAUAUAUUUUCAAAAGGAGCAGAUUCAGUUAUGCUUUUAAAAUAAAAUAAAACAAAUGUUGAAAAAUAAAAAAAUUAGUUAGAUAAGUUUAUAACUGAAUAUUCUGAAAGAGGAUUAAGAAUUCUUCUUUUGGGCUAUAAAGAAAUUCAUUGGAGUGAAUUUGUUUAAUGGGAAUCUUUUUAUAAAUAAGCAAUAACUCAAAUGGAUAAUAGGUAAGAAAAGAUGGAAGCAUUAUAAAAUUAAUUAGAAACAGAUUUAACUAUUUUAGGAAUAACUGGUAUUGAAGAUAAGUUGCAAGACAAUGUUGAUGAAACUAUUUUUUGUUUAAGAUAAGCUGGAUUAAAUAUAUGGAUAUUAACAGGGGACAAAAUUGAAACAGCUAUUAAUAUAGCAAUAUCUUGCAAAUUAAUUGAUUAAAAAAUGAAUAUAUAGAUUAUUUAAAUACCAAUUUAUGAAGAUAUAAUGGCAAAUUUAAAAUAAAGUGAUGCAUUUGUAGUUUCAGGUGAUUGCUUAACAAUAAUUUUGGAAGAUGUUAUUUUGAUGAAUUAAUUUGCAAAACUUACUGAGAAAUGUUAAUCUGUAUUAUGUUGUAGAGUGAGCCCUUUGUAAAAAUAAUAAGUAUAUAACAAAUAUAUUGAAGGUAGUGUGUUUUGUGAAAAAGUAGUUUCCGAUGGCUUCAACUUUAGCAAUUGGAGAUGGCGCAAAUGAUGUAAGUAUGAUUACAAGUGCAAAUGUUGGAGUUGGUAUUUAGGGUAUAGAAGGAUAAUAAGCAGCAAGAGCAUCAGAUUAUGCAAUUGGAGAAUUCCAAUAAUUAAGAUAAUUGUUGUUUAUACAUGGAAGGGAAUCCUAUCGCAAAAAUUCAGAGUUAGUGUUGUAUAAUUUUUACAAAAACAUAAUUUUGGUUUUUCCAUAAUUUUGGUUUUCCAUUUACAAUAAUUUUAGUGGCUAAAGAAUUUACGAUAAUCUAAUUUAUUAAGCUUAUAAUAUCUUUUAUACUUCUAUGCCAAUCAUAAUAUUUGCUAUUUUCGAUACAGAAUAUUCAUAAUAAACAUUAUAUUCAAAUAAAUACUAAACUUAUUCUAUCGGAUUAGCUAGUAAAUAUUUAUUAUUGAUUAUUUAGAUAGUUGUUUUAAUACAGAAUUAUUUUUACUUAUGAUGUUCAAUUCACUUUAUUCAUCAGCAAUUAUAGCUUUUUUUAGCAUUUACAUUUUUGAUGUAAAUACUCAUCAAACAGGCAGAUUAAUGUCUUUUUGGUAUACUGGUACUGUAAUCUUUUGGUUAACAAUUUUAAUAUCAAACCUAAGAAUAGUAAUUAUUUCAAAUACAUGGUCUAUAUCACAUAUAUUUUUUUUAUUAGGAAUGAUUGUAAUGUUCUUUUUCACACUUUUAAUUUUUGAAGAUUUUAAUUCUUUUGAUGGCAUAUUUAAAAUCUUUUAAAUGUAUUAAAAUUAUUUGAAUUAUUAUUUUAGUGUGUUUAGAUCAACAACAUUUUAUUUGGUUUGUAUUCUUACAGUAGGUGCCACAUCUGUUAUCGAUUACUUGUUGAAUAAAUUUACUUAAUACAACAAGCAACUUCAACCAAUAAAUAAUCGAAUAUACUAAUUAGAAUCAUAAUGA